CAGAUCCUGAAGUCACCGUGAGAGGAGCCGUGAUAGAGCACCCAGUGCUGGGAGCUCCACUCACCGGUGGGACAGUGGGACAGGGACCCACCACUGACACGUCCCAUGUCAGACAGGGAGGAGGAGCCCCCCGAAGUGAGGGAGCCAGCAUGCCUGCUGUGUCAACAAUCAGAGGCUGACCCGGACAUCUGCGGGGAAAAACUCCAGAUAAAUGGGUUCUGUGUCCACGAGUUCUGCCUGUUUUUUGCCAGCCACCUCCUUCACCACCCGGUUCAUCGAGUAGGACUCAGGAUUUUCCUCCCAAGGGAUAUCCUAGAUGUAGUCUCCCGGGAAGCACAGAAGGUGAGAGCCUGA